GCGCAGGGUUGCUGCGCAACAUACACAUUAAUCGUAUCGCAUAGAGAACGAACUCAAAAAGAAAAUAAAAAAAAGGAGAAAAACAAAACUAAAUAUUACAAUAACAAUGUUUCACUGAAGAGGCGAUUUACGAAAUUUACAAAAUUUUAAGUACAUGUACAUAGUUUACUUGCUCAACGGCAACGUAACAGCAACAAUAACUGGUUGGCGUGCAGACGACAUUCAGUUGCAUAAAAGCAGAUCGAAGAUUCCUUGAGGUCAACAACAACAACGGCUGCUGCUGCACUUACAGCAGUUUUGCGAUUUUUGUCAACAAAUGGGUUUGCUGCUGCAACUUUGCAAAUGGGAAAAGCGCUUGCAAUUGCAUAAAUGUGAUAUAAUAGUGACGCGUAGCAUCAAAAAGCAGGCCGUCAAUCCAACCAAGCUCGCAGAGGUUGGGCGUCUGCUGGAAGCAAAGGAAGGCAAAUACGAUACGGGCCAGCUGUUUUUGCAUCGCAUCUUUGGCUAUCGUGGCGUCAUACUCUUCCCAUGGACUGCACGUGUCUACGACCGAGAUCUUCAUAAUACCCGCAAGCAGUCGGCGGCAAUAACAACAACAUCGACGGAAUGCAAUACAGAGGCUACAACAACAACGCUUAGAGCGAAGACGGGCGACAGCAGCAACGGAACAACAGCAACUGCCCACCAUGAUGAGGCUCAAUCAUCAUCAUGGCAGGCUGGUACAGGUGUCAUCGAUACGCAGAGUAGCGCAACAACUAUGGGCACUGCUAGUCCGGCCACAAAUCGGAGCACGACCAGUGCCGUCGAUUCCAAAGAGGUUAAGGGCAAAACCCAAACGUUUUACCAAGUGCUCAUCGAUAACAGGGAUUGUCCAUAUAUCCGCGCUCAAACCGAGGCUGUGACCUUUUUGGGCAAUCAGGACUCGAAUCGCAGUUUGUAUGCGAUUCCCGGAUUGGAUUAUGUGGCGCACGAUGACAUAAUGCCAUAUUGCUCGACCGAUAAGCAUCCGUUGCAGCACGAACUGUUUGACAAGUUUCUAACCUAUGCUCAGGAUGCGGAGCCGCCAUUUGUGGGCCAGGAUACGCUCAAGGCGUGGCAGGAGAAGAAUCAUCCGUGGCUAGACAUGAGCGAUGUGCACAAGGAGACAACCGAAAAUGUUCGCGUCACUGUUAUACCCUUCUAUAUGGGCUGCCGAGAAACGCCCGCAUCAUCCGUCUACUGGUGGCGUUAUUGCAUACGGCUGGAGAAUCUCGGCGAGCUGAGUGUACAGCUACGUGAGCGACAUUGGCGCAUCUUUUCGCUGUCCGGCACACUGGAGACGGUGCGUGGACGCGGCGUCGUUGGUCAGGAACCGAUCCUCAGUCCGCGCCUGCCAGCUUUUCAAUACAGCAGCCAUGUUAGUCUGCAGGCUCCCAGCGGUCAUAUGUGGGGCACAUUUCGGCUGGAGCGUGAGGAUGGGUAUUCCUUUGAUUGCAAGAUUCCGCCCUUUUCGCUGGAAUCGAAGCCGGACGAUGCGAGCACGCCAUCGACUGCUGGAACGCCCAUGGGCGAGGAGAGUGAUUAAGAAUUUGCAGUAGACUACAGUGGUUAUUUAAAAAUAGUUAAAAAGAAAAAUAUUAAAAAUAAAAUUAUUAUUGACCGACUCCACUCAGGAAGUA